GCAUUGGGUGCGAUAAAAUUAUUAGGUGACUUGAAUUUGCUAGCUGUUGGAUGUAUCACCAAUUUUAAGCAAAACUAUUAUAGAGUUUUUGUCGGUAUAAGCAAGAUGAAAACAAUCAUGAUUCCUGUUUGUAUGUGUUUUCUUUGCACAGUUCAGUUUAUUGAAACAUCUGCAAAUUCAACUGAUAAUCAAACCUCACCUGCAUUAGCAUCAGAACAACUUACCACUAUUGAACCGCCUACAUCUAUGAAUAAUGCUUAUGACAAUACAGCACCGACGAUAAUAAAAAAUGAAGGGGAGACUACAAUAUCGGCAACAACGGCAAUUAAUACGUCGAAUUCAGCGUCGACAGCAUUUACGACUAUUUACACAAAUAGCUCAGUAUCUAAUGAGACAGCUGCAAAUUUAACCUCAACUGAUAGCACAAAUAUUUUGCCAACAUCAGAACUUAAUGCCACAACAACAUUGGCAACGGAACCUGAUGUGACAAACCAUACCUCUUUAACAACGAAGCUUGUUUCCAGUUCAACCAAGAACGUGACAACAACCCCAUAUAAUAAUGCCACAAACAAACUUUCAUCAUUUUUCCUCAUACAUGUUACAUCUUUUAGCAUUGUAGUCCUUAACUAUUAUAAAUUAGCAAAUUAUAGGAUUUGA